CUGUUCUAUUAUUGAAAGACUUUGUUUGGUUUAACUACGCGCAGGGUAGAGGCUUUCCGUGACGCAGCAUCUGCUAUGGAACAAGAAAAAGAAACCCUGCUAGAAAUGAUCCACAACAUACAGAACAGCCAGGACAUGAGGCACAUCAGCGAAGGUGAGAGAGAAGAACUUAACCUGACCGCCAACCGCCUGAUGGGCCGAACCCUCACUGUGGAGGUUUCAGUCGAAACCAUCCGGAACGCCCAGCAGCAGGAGUCCCUCCUGCACGCCACCAAGAUGAUCGAUGAAAUUGUCAACAAGCUCCUGGAUGAUUUGGAAGACGCCAAAAUCCGCUUACUGUCACUUUAUGGUGCGUGCACGUCUGACGUGCCGGCGGGACCCAUCGAUCAGAAAUUUCAGUCCGUUGUCAUUGGAUGUGCUAUUGAGGAUCAGAAGAAGAUCAAAAGAAGGCUAGAGACUCUGCUCCGAAACCUGGAGAAUUCUGAGAAGUCCAUCACGUUGCUGGAGCAUCAGAAAUCCUCUCUGCGGCAGUCUUGCAACACCAAACAGGAUUAAAGUGCCUCGUAGCUACUUCUGGCAAACCACAGAGUGAUCAAGUCUCCGUAAAAGCACACAGAAGCUAAGGAAGAUCCCUGUUUACAAGUACACGCGCAUAUACACAUACACAUGCUCCACGGUAUCUUGGAUUGCAAGGUGCAGGCAUUCUAUGGGUUUCGGUAGCAUUGGCAUUUUAUUUCAGCAAUAAGGAAUGCUAUCAUGAGUUCUUCUGUAGAGUUGAUACUGCUCUGUUGCAAGUUGUAAUGUGCUUCUGCUGAACUGUCAGAAUCAAUCAAAAUCUUACCUGUCCUUCAUUCUCCUCCUUUUUAAAAAAAAAAAACAACUACAGUUGUUUUGUCAUAUACUGAGUUACCAACUUUUCUCUGCUCUAUACAUAGUGUGUGAAAUAGACUUUUGGGGAAAAAAAAGACAAAUCAUGGCAAUAAACAACAGCAACAACAAAUCAAUAAACUGUAUAUUGUAUUUUCAUAAACAA